AGUUGCCAAGCUGUUUGUAAUGGUUAAAUUAUACUUUGAUGGGAACUCUUCAGAAAAUACUCAAUUAGUUCAGGUUUUUUUGGAAACACUGCCAAUUAUGUGACGUUAAUGAGCUUUUUGUUGGUAAUGUAAUUAAAAUUCAACUGCUAUAAUGGUUAAAGGAAAAAAAUAUAGCUCUAAGAAAGUUAAUGUUAAGCAAAUAUAACAUGAAGUGGGGCUAAUUAGAUGUUGAUUACAUGGUCCUAUGUGCAUUUGCUGUAAACAACAAUACUCUCAAUAAUGUGAUUAUUUUACAAAUAAGGAAUACAAUUCAGUUGAAAUUACUGAGAUUUAACUCUCAAUUUGUUAUAUUGAUACAACACUACAGAAACUAUUGCAAAUUUGCGUUGAAAGAGAGGAAAAUCAGGUUCUUGUAGCAGAUGCUUAAAGGCUUUAGAUAUCUGAAUAUGUCAGCGAGAACCCAGAGCAAUUUUCAAAAUGCAUGGUAUCAAUCUCACAUUAAUAUCAAUAUAUUAAGUUAUCUUUAAGUUUCUGCACCUUUAUACUUUAUUUAUACUUCUGAAAAAUCCUGCAAGCCCUAGAAAUUUGACCAGAUAAACCAACCCAUUGUGGAUACUACAAGUAAUAAAGUAAUACAAUGCACUGGUCACACCCCGCCCACAGGUCUGCAGUCAGAAUCUUCUGGAAGCAUUUGAGAUAAGGGACAUUUCUGGAAAAUGUGUCAAACAAAAUAACAGAAGGUACCUCUUUCCCAAGGGAUGCGUUAGAUAUUUCAUCAUUAAUUUGCCCGUAUGUCUAUUUAUUUCCUGAGGCAAUCAGAGUACACAUCUUCCAAACUGUCCAACAUUUACUUUGGCUUGUAGGAAGCAGCUAUGGGGAUAAACCAUAAAAAAAUUAGUGCAUCACGCUACUGUCAUUUUUGCUUCAUUGUUUUUCAUGUCAUUAAUUUAUUUGCUUUAUACAGUGUUCUUGCCAAAGAAUGGGAAUAUGUCUUCAGCAGAGUGUGACGUUUACGCUGAGUUGCUGGAAUAAUGUAGAACCUAAAAACUUUUUGACUGAGCAACCAUGUAUUUUGAUGACCUGGGGAAAAAUGUUGUAGGAUACUGAUUGGAGACACAUGAGCAAAAGGCUUAUCUUGUAUAAAUCUGUAGGCCACAGUGUGAAACUCAAUUUACAAUGAAAGUUUGUCAUACUGUUCUCCAUUGAAUAAGGAAACUGUCAGCAAUGAUGCACUCUGGUAAUGCUUACUAGAGCUGAACAGUAUAUAUAUAAGUCCAUGCAAAAGAGGCAGCUAGGCAGAUCUCAGGAUCCUCAAGGCUUUCCAUAGUUCCAGAAGAGAGAGUAGCCACUCCAACUGCUACAUAUCACUUCAAAGAAUAAAAAGGCAAUGAAAAUGAAAAGUGUUUAUUUUGUUGCUGGGCUCCUAUUAAUGAUAGUUCAAGGCAGCUGGCAAAAUCCUCUUCAGGAUACAGAGGAGAAAUCAAGAUCAUUCAAAGCUUCCCAGUCUGAACCGUUAGAUGAAUCUAGACAGCUGAAUGAAGUGAAGCGUCAUUCACAAGGUACAUUCACCAGUGAUUACAGCAAGUACUUGGACACCAGACGAGCUCAGGAUUUUGUGCAGUGGUUAAUGAGCACUAAAAGAAAUGGCCAACAAGGACAGGAGGACAAAGAGAAUGACAAAUUCCCGGACCAGCUCUCAAGCAAUGCAAUCUCCAAGCGUCAUGCUGAAUUUGAGAGACAUGCUGAGGGCACCUACACCAGUGAUAUCACCUCUUAUUUGGAAGGUCAAGCUGCCAAAGAAUUCAUUGCUUGGUUAGUGAAUGGACGAGGAAGAAGAGAUUUCCCAGAAAAAACUCUUGUAGCUGAAGAAAUGGGCCGAAGAUAUGCAGAUGGCACUUUCACAAGUGAUAUCAACAAAAUCCUGGAUGACAUGGCUGCCAAAGAGUUCCUAAAAUGGCUGAUUAACACAAAAGUUACCCAAAGAGAUCUUUUGGAAGAAUACCAGUAAAAAUGCAGAACAAAAAUGGGAUAAAUGAAGAUCUUCACUGCAUCAACUGCCAGUUAUUAAGAGAUUCUGAAAUCUGUAUUGUCAUUUACAUUGGGUGUAACAAAGCUAUGUCACCUUGCAUGCCAGAAAUUAAUUGUAGUGUUGUUUAGUGUUGCCAAAAGAUUAUAUAUAUGGAAUACCUGUUGUCUAAGGGAUGGCUAUCUUAAUAGCUUUAAGACUAUGAAAGUUCCACAUUUUCAUAUUUUCCAUUUAUUACGACUGAAAUAACUCCAUUUAUAUUUACAUAUGGAAAUAUUUUUCUAAAAAGCUGACAUACAAUGAUUCAAUCAUCAAUUAUACGUGAUAUUUUUAAGGGUCUGGCAGUUGCAAGUGUCUGAGAAGUGAAUAUCCCUGUUGAAACCUUUGUUAUAAAAAGGCUAAGCUUUAAGGAUAUUAAAUGAUAGCCUUAAAUAAAUUUUUUCAAGCUUCUUUUCUGUUGACUUUUAAUGUGUAUAUCCCUUCUGCCUGUUUUCAUUUUAUUCUAAUAUGUUAGUGUCACUGAGAUCUUGGAAGUGGUUUGUUUGGAAUGAUAAAACUAAAUCAAUGUUUUGUUUUGUCAUUUUUCUCCAUAAUGAUUUCCUGGAAAGAGCUGUAUGAACUUUGCAUUAUCCUUAGUUGAAAAAGAAAUAAUGUAAGAUGAAGCUAGAGGUAGAAGCAAGACUGAACAGUACCCGUUAGCAUAAAUUGCUGUUUCUCAGCAAAAGCAGAAGGACAGCUCUGAAAGAUGUUAAAUGCAAUAUACUUUCUUAAUAGUGGAAACUCUGCCACCCAGUUUCUUCAGGUUUUAUAUGAUUGCCAAGUAAAACCAGCUUAAAUGGCCCUGGGAUCACUCUUAUCUGUGUUGCAUUCUUUUCUUCCUUCUUCCUCUGAAAAACAUGGUGCCCAUCAUCUCUUGCAGUUAGCAGCAUUGUACUAUAACGUAUUAGAACAACUGUUAUUUCAGUAACCUAUGCCUUCUCCAUUCUGGUCUCAGUGUUUCUAGCAGUCCAAACUCUUUUAUACUCUCAGUUGGCCAGGACACAUUUUUGUAAGUAAAGUAGAAGCUGCAACUCUCAAACAGACUCGGUUG